AUGGAUAAAGUCUUCAACAAGCUCCGCAAUUUGGACGCUUACCCAAAAGUCAAUGAGGAUUUUUACAAUCGCACGCUCGCCGGCGGCGUCGUCACCGUCGUUUCCGCCGCCGUCAUGCUCUUCCUCUUCUUUUCCGAGCUAAAUUUAUACCUCUACACAGUUACAGAGAGUAAGCUUUUGGUGGAUACUUCAAGAGGAGAUACCUUGCACAUCAAUUUCGAUGUCACUUUUCCUGCUGUUCGGUGUUCAAUACUCAGUUUAGAUGCAAUGGAUAUAAGUGGCGAGCAACACCUUGACAUACGACAUAAUAUAAUGAAAAGAAGAAUUGAUGCUAAUGGAAAUGUGAUUGAAGAGAGGAAGGAUGGAAUCGGUGCACCAAAGGUUAGCUGA